UAUUCGUGAUUCCAGCUCCACCAUGAAAUACCUGAUCGUACUCUCCCUCGCCCUCGUCGCCGUGGCGUCGGCCGACUACCUGAAGCCCUCGGCCCUCCCCGUCCACGUGCAAGAGCUCGAGGAGGUGAUCGCCGCCAUCAACAGCCCCAGCACUGACCCCGCCACCGCCGCCGCCCUGGAACAGCUGCUCCUGCAGACCCUCGGCAUCUCAUCUCUCCCCGAGUCUCCCAUCUCCGUCGGCCCCGCCAUCGUCGAGGAGGCAGUGCUCCCCGAGUCUCCCAUCUCCGUCGGCCCCGCUAUCGUCGAGGAGGCCGUGCUCCCCGAGUCCCCCGCUGUCGUUGCCGACGUCACCCCCGCCGACGUUGCCGCGGCCACCCCCCUGGUCCAGAUCAUCCUGAACAUCGCCAACUAA